AAAUCUUGAGUCCUCAAAGCCUUUGGCGUUCUAGAACGUCUCGGGUAGUCCAAUUCUUGCCCCACCAGAAAUACUUGUGUCACAGGGGUGCUGCAGGUGAUUCGACAGGGCUCUGACAAAAGCAGGCUGCCGAAUGCACAAACUACGUCAUCGGCCACCCCUCGCUUCUGUUUCUUCGCAUGACCUUCAACAUGUCUCAAGCCGAGCCCAGGGAAUAACUACCACGAAUUUCCAGAUGAUGUAGGCAAGUGAUCAGCACUUUUCACGAAAUUUUGCGAUAUACGUAACCAGUACAUAUUCGCUCGUUCCCACACAUUUUUGUCCUUGGGGGUCAUCCCAUCUCCACUCCUCUGUGACCUCGGAUCGUUUUAUCAAAAGGCUGAUCUGAUCUUAACUUCUUCCCAUCUCACGCGAGGUCAAGAUCUCGAAGUCGGCAUCAUCAACCUAUUCCCCCCACCUUCCCGUAGCCCCAUACCAACCAUGUAUCCGCGCGAACACCGUCACAAAAAGCGCCUCUACCUCUCCGACCCGCCCCAGCCCGGCAUCUGCGAAGUCCGCCGCAAAGUCACCACCAUCGUCCCCCCUCCACCGCCUCCUCCUCCACCCGUCAUCAUCCGCCCAGCCACCCCACCACCACCACCUCCUCCCGUCAUCACCCAACCACCCCCGCCCCUCCUCCCAGCGCCGCCGGCCCCGCCGCGCGACCCGCCCGACGUAAUCGACGUGAUCGCCGUCGACGUCGACCCCUCCUCCGACAAGAAGUCCAGCCGCCGCAGCCGCAGCAGCAAAUCCUCUCGGUCAUGCUCCCGGCGACGGCGCUCCCGUUCCCGCUCUAGCUCGCGCGACCGUGACCGCGACACCGAGGUGGUCAUCGAGCGCGACCGGUUCAUCCCCGUGCCCGUGCGGGUUCCCGUCCCAGUCCCCGUGCGCGGGCCGGAGCACGAGACGUUUCGCUACGUGGACGGCCUGCCGGCGCGGGAGCCGCGCGAGAGGAGGAGGGUGCCGGCGGCGGUGCCGAGUCCGCCGCCGCCGGUGGAUAGGGAUGGUGCUGGUGGGGGGGAGAGGAGGGUUAGUGUGAGGGUGGAGGAUCGGUGGUCGGAGUAUCCGCAUGAAAGGGAGAGGGAGAGGGAGAGGGAGCGGGAGUGUGAUUACGGUUAUGACUAUGGGCGGGGUGGUGGUGGUGGGUAUGGGCGUGAGAGGGGCGGGUAUGGGUAUGAUGGGCAUAAACAUGGGCAUGAGUAUGAUAGGGGGUACGGACAUGGGAACGGGAGAGGGUAUGGCGGGGGGUAUGGGAGGUAUUGAUAAUCAAAAGGGAAGCUUGGGUUGGGCGAGUUGGUUUGCCGGUUCGGUUUCAUUUGGGAUUUCAUUGUUGUUGAGCACCGCCGUUGGAUAUCGCGGAGGCUUUCCUAUUAAUGUGUCAUGAUGGGAUAUACGACGGGGCCACGCGGCAGGUUUAACGAUGUAUGAGACACGAAGAAAAACAGAGGUUAGAGCACAUGUUUCCAAAUAAGCAUACAACCAUUUAUCACCACUCAGCAUGAACACAAUACACUCAAAA